AUGGCAGAAAACUCAUCAGAUUUGCCACGAGAAUGCUGGGAACACAUAUUCAAUCUUCUAGACGACCCUUCUCACUUCUCCUCACUCUCUCUGGUCUCCAAGCAAUUCCUCUACAUCACCAAUCGCCUCUUACUCACUCUCAAACUCUCCGAUUCAACACUCCAAUCCAUUCUCCCCCGUCUUCUCCAUAGAUUCCGAUGGCUGAAACAUAUAGACCUCAGUGGGUUCAGCGGCGACAUGAACCCUCUUCUUUAUCGAAUUGCCAUAUCUGGGUUGAACCUGGAAUCCCUCAAUGUCUCCAACCAAACAUGUUUGCCAGUAAAUGGGAUAAGAGUGUUUGGCUCCAAAAUGAUGAACUUGAAGUGUUUGGAUUGCUCCAGGGUCAAGUUCUUACAGGACAGUGAUCUAAACUUGAUUGCAGAAUCGUUUCCUUUGCUCCAAGAGCUUGACAUUAGCUACCCAGAAUUUGGAUCCACCAAUUCCUCAACUGGGUCAUCGGAUUGGAAGCCCAUAUCCGAUUCUGGGAUAUUUUCACUGACAUUGAAUCUCAAGGGCCUGAGGAGGAUCAACCUUUCUGGUAAUCACUUCAUUACUGAUCUCUCCCUUGUGCAUCUGUCCAAGCAUUGUGUGCUUUUGACCCAGGUUGUUAUUCAUUACUGUGAUUUCAUAACACAAAAUGGUGUGGCUAAACUGAUCCGUGCCUGUUGUCAAUUGAGUUGUGUUUCGGUUUGUGGAAUUGGGGGGUCUUUGAUUUGUUUGUUAGGUUAUUCCUCGUUGAGCUUUGGAUCAGUAGGAUGUUCAUUGAUAAGCUCCAGGGCUUUAUCUGGUAUUGAUUUUUCGGACUCUGUGGUUUCGGAUGAAUUGCUAUGUUCAGUAGCAGAAGCAUGUUUUCCUAUGAAGAAGCUCGUUCUUUCUAAUUGUACAAGUUUUACUUUUGCUGGAAUAUCAUUUUUGGUGAGUCAUUACCCGUUUCUUGAGUACUUGGAUCUUGAAGGAGCUUAUUUUCUCACAGAUAAUGAAAUCAUUGAGCUAUCCAUGUCCCUUCAUAGUAUCACAUACAUAAACCUUAGCUAUUGCAGUAGUCUCACCGGUGUCACCUUGUACACCCUCACAAGAAACUCUCUGGUUUUAAAUGAAAUCAAGAUGGUAGGAACGAAUGUUGGGGAUGAAGCCUUGGAAACCGAUGUCAUGCCAAACCUUGGAGUCAAGUCUCUUAUGUUGUCCCAAAAUACUUCAAUGGGAAAUGGGUUUAUUGCUAACUAUGUAUCCAUUUGCCCAAAUUUGGAGCUGCUUGAUUUGAGCCAUUGUGUAAACAUCACAGAAGACGGCAUUGUAGAAGUUCUGAAGAGAUGCUCUAGGAUUAGGCAUUUGGAGAUAAAUGAAUGUGGUUUGAUGAAGAAUAUUUCAAUUGACUUUGAGCUUCCCAAGUUGGAGGUAUUGUAUGCAAGAGGAUUGAGAAUUGAUGAUGAUAUGUUGGCUAUAAUUGGGAAAAGAUGUUCCAGGCUACAGCAAUUGGACUUGUCGGGCUGCCUGAAUGUGACAGCAAACGGGGUGAAGCAAGUGGUGGCGAACUGCAAAGAAAUUAAGGAGAUAAAUUUGAGGUCGUGUGAUAACGUCAGUGUUGAUAUUAUUCCUUGGAUGGUGUUUUCAAGGCCGUCACUCAAGAAAAUAGUACAACCUUGUGGUGGCUCUGUUCCUACUGAGAGCCAAAGAAACCAUUUCUUGCGUCAUGGCUGUCUUGUUUGUGAAGGCUAG